AUGCCUAAAGAUUCCUUAAUAUCAACUGAAGCAUUAAGUUACACGAUUAACGACAACAUUUAUCAGAGAAACAAAGAUCCAAAGAAAUUAAUAUAUCAAGACAGAUAUAUUCCAGUUAGAAAUAACAAUAUGAUUUCAGAAUUUCAAAAACAAAAGGUUUCCUUGAUUAACAAAAAAUUUCAAUUAAAACGUAAAAGAAUAGUAAUCGAUUCCGAUGAAGAAGACGCGGAACAUCUUCAUUUGUUAACUGUUAAAAAGAAAGCAUACAGACAUAUUGAUUCUAAACCAUAUCAAGCAUGGAAUUUUCAUAAUAGUGUUCCUAUUAAAGACGAUUUUUACUUGAAUGUUCUUGACUGGUCUACUUUUGACGUGCUAGGAUUUGGUUUAGAUUCGAUGGUUCAUCUUUGGAAUUGUGGCGCAAAACGGUUGAUGCAAUUACAAACAUUAAACAUAGAGUCUACAGUUACGUCUGUCAAAUGGUCCAAGAUGAAUAUGAACCUUGCAGUGGGUACAUUAAAUGGAAGGGUACAAAUUUGGGAUUUAAAAACACUCACGAAAAUUCGUGACAUGAAUGGACAUAUGAAACGAGUUGGCACUCUUUCAUGGAAUAAUAAUAUAAUUACGUCAGGAAGUGGGGAUAAAUUUAUUAUGCAUAAAGACAUAAGAUGUCAACAAGAUUAUGUUCAAAUAUUUCCAGGGCAUGCCUCUGAAAAUAGAAAACAUAACCCAAUUUACAGUCUUCGUGGUCACACUGCUGCAAUUCGAGCUUUAUCAUGGAGCCCACAUGAAAGUAAUUUAUUGGUUUGCAAUUUACAUUGGUCAUCAAUUAUGAAUGAAAUAGUUUCUACACAUGGCUGGUGGAAAAAUGAUAUCUAUAUUUGGAAGUACCCAUCAAUGAAAAAAAUAGAAACUUUAAAAGGUCAUACUUAUCGGGUUCUAUACAUGAGUCACUCACCAAAUGGAGAAGAUAUUGUGACAGGGGCAGGUGGUGAUGAUAAUACCUUGAGAUUCUGGAAGGUUUUUAAUUCACCAUUAAUCAGGCAAAAAGGAAACUUGGAGUCCUCACUCAAAUUGGAUGGAUUGAUUCGUUAA